AUGAGUGAGGACAGGGGUACCCUUGGCCGGCAGAGGGUCCUGACAUGUCAGGGUCUGAUGCUGGUGGUGGCCUCAGAGACUGAGCUGGUCACCAAGAGGCCAGCUCCUCUGAGGCCUGUUUCCAAACCACUAGGGCCCCCCCACACCCCCCAGACAGUGCUGGUGUCUGCCAAGCUGCAGCAGGGCAUACGGACACCCUCCCUGCUGUUCGGGUCCAACAACGAGAAGACAGUCCCUUCCGUGGAGCUGGAAUGGGUCCCUGGAAUUCCCACAUUCCCCUUCUGUUACAGGAACAACGUGGACAGGGCAGAGUGGGGAGCAGUGUCAUCAUGCCUCCUUACGCUCUUCUUGGCUGUGACAGUUUUUCAGAUUUUCUCUGCUUUUGAUGAGCAUGACAGUUUUGAGGAGUCCUGGGCAGGCCCAGCACCCCGGGUUCCUGCUGGUUUCUGGAAGGCCCCUUCCCAGGUUCCAUGGCCCUCUCCUCCCCGGGGAACCCUGAGCCUGGAAACCCUGGAUGGCUCGGAGUUUGACCCGGCCCCGCUGCUGAAAGGGGAGCCGUGUCCCCCGCCCUGUGAAAUCAUCCUGGACCCGGAAGCAGAGCACAGCAUGGACAUCACCCUGGUGGGCUCCAGCGAGCAGUCAUCCCCACCGUCACCCAGGCUCCACAGAGAUCUUAUUGCAUAUGAAGUCAAGGUUAACCAGCGAGACAUAGAAGACGUGUGUAUCUGCUGCGGAAGUUUCCAGGUGCACACACAGCACCCUCUGUUUGAGGGAGGGAUGUGCACUCCGUGCAAGGACAAGUUCCUUGAGUGCCUCUUCUUGUACGACGAGGACGGGUACCAGUCCUACUGCUCCAUAUGCUGUGCGGGAGAGACGCUGCUCAUCUGCGAGAACCCCGACUGCACGCGGUGCUUCUGUUUCGAGUGCCUCGACAGCCUGGUGGGCCCCGGGACCUCGGGGAAAGUGCAGGCCAUGAGUCAAUGGGUCUGCUUCCUGUGCCUGCCUUUCCCCCGCAGCGGGCUGCUGCAGAGGAGGAAGAAGUGGCGGGGGUGGCUGAAGGCCUUCUGCGACCGGGAGGCGGAGAGUCCCCUUGAGAUGUACAAAACUGUGCCCGUGUGGAAGAGAGAACCCGUCCGGGUGCUGUCCCUUUUUGGGGACAUCAAGAAAGAGCUGAUGAGUCUGGGCUUUUUGGAAUAUGGUUCUGAGCCGGGAAAACUGAAGCAUUUGGAUGAUGUCACCAACGUAGUGAGAAGGGACGUGGAAGCAUGGGGCCCCUUCGACCUCACCUACGGCUCUACGCCCACGCUGGGCCACGCCUGCGGCCAGCCCCCAGCGUGGUACCUGUACCAGUUCCACCGCAUCCUGCGGUACGCGAGGCCCCGGCCAGGCAGCCCCCAGCCCUUCUUCUGGAUGUUCGUGGACAACUUGGUGCUGACCAAGGACGACCGCGUCGUGGCCACUCGCUUUCUGGAGACUGACCCGGUGACCAUCCAGGACGUCCAUGGCAGUACCAUCCAGAACGCCGUGCACGUGUGGAGCAAUAUUCCCGCCGUGAAGAGCAGGCAUUCGGCUCUGGAUUCCCGGAAGGAAUUAUCCCUGCUGGCUCAGGACAGGCAGAGAGCAAAGCCCCCCACUCAGGGCCCAGCCAUGCUGGUGAAGAAUUGUUUUCUCCCCCUGAGAGAAUAUUUCAAGUAUUUUUCAACAGAACUCACUUCCUCUUUAUAA